GGUCUUUUUAUGUUUUGUCUUUCCUUGUAAGUUUCUCAAAUUUGUGUAGUUUCAUGUACCAAUAAUAACAAAAGAAACAUGAAGAUCCUGUCUCUUGGAGUUGUUGCACGUCUAUUGGCCGUUGUUAUCUUGUUCAUGUUUUGCCUAUCCUCUGAAAGCCUUCGGGUGCCACCUCAUCAUGCAGCCGGCAUCCAUGGGGAAGCUACCAAGUUUGGAGAUGAAACACAAAUGAACUCUAAGGAAGGAGGGGUAAAGGAAGAGUUAGGGAUGGAGUUAUACCCGACAGGGUCGAGCUUGCCGGAUUGUUCCCACGCUUGUGGGCCUUGCUUUCCAUGCAAGAGGGUGAUGGUUAGCUUCAAGUGCUCCAUGGCUGAGUCCUGCCCGGUUGUUUAUAGAUGCAUGUGUAAAGGCAAAUACUACCAUGUGCCUUCCAACUGACGGACUACAUAUAUUAAUCUGCGGGUAUGCAUGCAAUUUGUUUAGUGAUGAAGAAAUUGGAGAUCAAUCAAGGAUUAAUGAUGACUAGUUGAUGCUCUUUUUGUUGCAUUUGAAGAUGAAAUUCAGAAAGGGAAAGCUUGUAAAUUGUGGAAUUGAGUGUUUUGGUUGUUCUAGUUCAUUUAAUCAGUUAGUAGACUGAUAUUUAUUUUUGUACUCCUUGUAGCAUUUAAGCCUUUCUUUUUUCUUACAUAGUCAGUAGAAUAUGAAAUUCCUAGUGUUUUAGCAAUUUGCUUUAGCAACUGUACUGUGAUCUUUUCCUUUUUAAUAUCAGCUAUCUAUAUUUAGUA